GUCAAUGACAGUCCACUUACAGGAAACCCCACUAUCUGUUCAGAGAACCCAAACUUUCAUUUUCUUUUCUUUUCUUUCCUUUUUGAAUGAAAUUUCAUUGAGUAGGCAUCUCAAUUUCUCAUUAUAUAUUUUGCCUUUUCUUUUUUGUCCUAUUGCCUUCCAUUACUGGUAAGGGAAAAACCUUUUUAAGGGCUUACUUGAACAAAUAAAAGGAAAGGUAGAUUCAUUAAAACACGGCAAUGAGACUAUAAUUUGCUGCUGUUUUUGUUACUCAUCAUCAUCAAUGGAGAUCAACAACAACAACCCUAAUAAUAUGUCCUCAAGAACUGAUAGAAAACUCAUUGAGAGGAACAGAAGGAAUCAUAUGAAAGCUCUAUAUUCAGAGCUCAAUUCUCUCGUCCCACAUUACAACUCUAGGGAAUCAAUUUCACUACCUGAUCAACUAGGUGAAGCUGCAAAUUACAUAAAAAGGUUACAAACAAACUUGGAGAGGAUGAAACAAAGGAAAGAUAGCUUAAUAAGUGGAGGACAGACAAUGAAUAUUGCUAGCAGCAGCACUGGUUUUAGCCCAAAAGUUCCACAAAUCCAGAUUCAUGAAAUGGGUUCUUCUUUGGUAAUCGGUUUAACGACCGACACUCACAGCCGGUUCAUUUUUAAUGACACCAUUCGUAUCCUUCAUGAAGAAGGAGCUGACAUUGUUAAUGCCAGUUUCUCUGUAGUUGGCAACACUGCUUUCCACACUAUACAUCUCACCGUAGGUUGGGGAGUUAACACCAGAUUAUCAUGGAGCUGCUGUCACCAGGAUAGCUCAGAGAUUAAACAAGUUCAUCUAUGAUGCUCAUGCAUGACAAGUAGUAAUAUAUAUAUAUAUAUAUUAUGUAUGUUUGAUUGUUAGUGAAAUUUGUUUGUUCAGAAACCUCUGAAAUUAGCAUACUCAUGAAAUAAUGCUGCAAUUGGAAACCAGAUCUGUUGUUAUGUAUUCAUUUUGAAGCUACCCUUCUUCAUAUUAUAAGCUGAUCAUAUGCAAAUGGAAAACUAGAUUAACUGGGAUUAAGCUACAUAUAUAA